GGCACAAUCCGUUCACAGACGAAAUUUUGAUUCCAUGUUAGAUUGUGUGUAUCCUUCUCCAUGUAAGACUCUUAACUCUGUGUCCUUCCCAACAACCGUAAUUUUUAUUUUUAUGGUUUGCAUUUGAACAAUCCAACAGCCGAAGUUUAGUCAUUCGAUUAUCUCUUCCCGCGAAACCCUCCUUUCUCUCUGUACCUACGUAUGCUUCUAACUUCACUGUGACAAAAUGCAAAUCACUAAUGGCUUCUUCGAUAUUUGCAACCGAGAGACGGGCCUACGGCGACCCAGACGCUUUGCUCGUCAGUUCUCUGCUAACCAGAGCAUCUUAAAGCAAUUAGAUAUGUAUGGGGAAUUAAAGGGGCAUAACGAUUAUGUAAGCUCCAUAGAAUUCAACUCCAUUGGUGACCUCCUUGUGUCAGGGUCUUAUGAUAAACAAGUCAUAUUUUGGAACUGGGAAACUAAAACUAGAAGACUCUCUUAUGAUUCUGGACACUUGAAGAUGGUAUCUCAGACAAAGAUAAUGCCUGUCACGAAUGAUCGGAGAAUAGUAACCGCUUGUGCGGUUGGUCAGUUUGUUUGACGCGAAAAUCCGGUAGGGGUGCAAACUGUCUUUUUUGAGCGUGUGAUUGCGCAGGCGUGCCAGCACCGUGGGGUGCAGUCGUCGGGGUAGUCCCUUGACCU